AUUAAUUUGCCAAAUUGCCAUUAAUCUGCGAUUAAUUUGUUCUUUCUCCAUCAGCAAAAAUGGCAACGAAAGAGCUCACAUUGUUCAAGAAAGACUGGUCUUUUCUCUCUAAAGAGCUACUACUCAUUAUCUCAACUCUUCUGAAGAACUGUUUCGAUGUUGUUCAUGCUCGUUCUGUCUGCAGCUCAUGGCGAUCUACAUUUCCCUUUCCUUCUUCGUUGGUACGCCCAAGUUACUCUCUUCCCACACUCAUGGAGUUCACUCUCGAAAGCAAAGACUCGUGUACACUCGAAAAGGUCCCUUUGUUCCUCUUUAGAGUCAAAACUACUGUUGCUGAUGAGUAUUUUUUAGGAGCAAUAGGUCGAGAUGAUCGUAUAGAGCUUUCAAAUUCAUCUCCUUUUCAGUGUUCUGUGAAAGUGAAGGUCCCUAGAUCUGAUCCAACUUUGAUGAACAUGCUAGACUGCGAGGUUAUUUCACUAGGCCAUCAGUACAGAAUGAUUGGUUGGGAUCCUGAAGAAUCGUCAACAAAUUACAGAGGUGUGGCUUUUAUUAUGUUAAACAAGAAUGGAGGGAGAGGAGAGUUUGUUGUGGUCCUUAACUACUCUAGAGUUUUGUUGGUGUUAAGAAGUUCUGAAAUGAGGUGGAUGUGGCUUAAGGACGUCUCAGAUGCUACCUGUAAGGAUUUAGUUACUUUUAGAGGCAAGUUUUAUGCAUCUUUUCUUAACGGAGAUAUUGUCGUAAUCGAUCCUUAUUCGCUGGAAGUGUUUCUUCCCCUGAUGCCCUCGCAGCCUUUGAAUUCAAGCAAUUAUCUUGUUCCAGCCGGCGAUGAUGAGCUUUUCUUGGUUGAGAAAAUCAUCACAAGAUACGGUGAACUAAAUUUUAGUCAGUUUGCAUGUAGAGUGAGUAGGCUAGAUGAGGAGGCUGGUAAAUGGGUCGUGGUCAGCGAAUUGGGAGGUCGUGUUUUCUUUAUUGGACACUUUGGAAAUGUGUGCUGCUCAGCUAAGGAGCUUCCUAAUGGUUGUGGUGUGAGUGGGAACUCUAUCUUCUUCACCAAUGAGGGAGGAAGUGUAACUUACUCCUACAAAUAUGGAGUACAUACAGGAAGGGCAGAAGACAGCCUCGGUUUUUGGAGUUUGUCAAGUGAGAAUCGUGUGAUGAUCUUCAAUAGAUCUCCCGUUGUGGCUCUCUGGAUUGGGUGCUAAUCCAAAAAUCUCGCUAAUGUAUACGUUGUGCUGGUUUUUUUCUUCAUUAGAUUGUACUUCAAAUUACAGAGAUGUGACUUUUCUUCUGCUAAACAUGGAUCGAGGAAGAGAUUUCGAUGUGCUGGUCAUCUACCGAAAUGAUGUAAAAGACCCCAAGAGAUCCUCAAGCGCAAAAAUCAUGAUCCCAACAACACAUCUCUGGGUGGAUUCCGAAAUUAUAAGUCAAAACAAACUUGCCAUAUGAUCUUUGGUAUAUAUGUCUAGUACCUCUAUCUCUGUCAUUUUGUGACUAUUUCUUGUAUUCCAAGUUCCCCCAAGACAUUGUAACACCACUAGCCAUGUUACAUCA